UCGUAUUCUCACAAAUCAUUGACCGCAUCACAACGUAGGUGCCCUGUGACACCAAAUAACUUUUCCUAGUCCUGAAUCACCCCGAAAUAGUCCUGAAUCACCCCCGAAAUUUUUCCGAGAAAAUCCGAUGGCUAGCCGACUCUGCCAUCGACUCGCCUCCAAUCUCCUCCGCACCACCACCACCCUCCACCACCACCACCACCACCACGGACACCCAAUUUUUACCCUCACCAAAUCUCCACCGUCGAUCGCCGCCGCCAUCAUAAAAUCACAACCGUCAUCCUUUGGCCAUCGAUUGUUCUCCACCGCCCGGCGACAACCAGUCCGGUCCAACCGGGUCGACAUCGGAGCACGAGCUCGGCAGCUCCAGAACCGCCGACUCUGGACCUAUGCCCUAACUUUCAGCUCCAUCGCAGGCUUCAUCGUCAUCGUCCUCAACAAUUUCCAAGACCAAUUGGUCUUCUACGUCACUCCCACAGACGCUCUCUCAAAGUACGAUUCAAACCCUACGAAAAACAAGUUCAGACUCGGCGGCCUGGUCCUCGAAGGAAGCGUGGUCCAGCCGGCAAAUUCGCCGGAGAUGGAGUUCGUGAUCACCGACCUAAUCACCGACAUUUUGGUGCGGUACAAGGGAUCUUUGCCGGAUUUGUUCAGGGAGGGACACUCGGUGGUAGUGGAAGGGUUUGUGAAGCCGAUAACGGAGGAGAUCAAGAAAGGAGUUUCGGCGAAGAGCGUUUCAGGGAAAGCGAGGAGUGGGGAGUGCUAUUUUUCGGCAACGGAAGUGUUGGCGAAGCACGAUGAGAAGUAUAUGCCGGCGGAGGUUGCUGCGGCGAUUGAGAAGAACAAGAAAAAGAUUGAGGAGGCUGCUGCAGUGGAUGAGAAAUCUAAGAGCUAAUGGAUUAAUGGGGUAUGAUUUGAUUUUGGAUUUAUAGAAUUAGAUAUACAACUAUAUAUACUACAGUACUACUAUUGCCUUGAGGUAGAUUUGA